AUGGCGCUCCGCCGCUCCAAGCCCUUCCUGGCGGCGUUCCCGCUCAUCGACGCCGCCAUCGAGGGCGCCGGCGGCCUCUCCCGCGACGAGUUCCGGAGCGCCAGGGCCCGGAUCGUCGAGCUGCUCUGCGACGCCGCGGACGACGAUGGCAAGGUGGAGGGCUUCUGCGAGCUGCUGGACGAGGCCAUGGCGGAGUCGCUCGCCACGCUGCGGGCCGUGCCCGCCGAGAAGAUCGAGCUGGCGUCCGGCGAUCUGGUCGGCGCCGUCGGCGCGCUGAUGAAGGACCACCCGUCGGAACGGGUCCGCGGGCUCGCGCGCGACGUCGUGCGCUGGUGGAGGGCGGGCAUCAAGGCCGAGCUCGCCAGGGCCAGGGCCGCCAUGGACGUGCUGGACGGCCUCUCAUCUACUCUGCCGCCGCCCGCCGCCAACUGCGACACGAAGACGAAGAAGGAAGGGAAGCUGCCGGACGAGCAGCAGCAGCCUCGUGCACGGAAGACACCCGCCAACAUCACCAUCAGCCAUCCUAGCACGGCGGAGUCCAAGAAGGGGGCUCCGAUCACCAGCGCCAGCAAAGCCAAGCCAUCAGCGAACAUGAAAGCUCCAGCCGUCGUCCAAGCGCAGCCAAAGAAGACGCCGCCUGUCAUCGUUAGUAGCAGCGCCACCGAGGAGGAGAAGAAGAUGGAGGCCACGAAGCGGAAGCUCCACGAACGGUACCAGGAGGCCGAGGAGGCGAAGCGGCAGCGCAAGAUACAGUGGAUCGAGCCACCACGGCCGCCGCCGGGGAUGAAGAAGGGCCAAAUGCAGCGCAACGCGCACCCGGCGCGCUGCGCGGCGGCGAGGGGCUUCGUCAAGCCUAGCUCUGGGAUGAGGGUUUAG